UCUUAUUGAAAAUCAAAUAAAAGUUUUAAAGUGACUCUUUACUGGACUCCGAGUAAUUUAUGGCUUGUGUGACUUGAAACAUGAUCAGAACACAACACUUUUGAUGUUUAAAUACGCACAUAUCCGCACACAGAUACUAUACUAUAUGUUAAAUAUAAACAAUACCGAUUGCUGUACAUGAUAUAAGGAAUAAAAGUAAAUAUAAGGAAUUAAAGGAAUAAAAGUAAAUAUAAGGAAUAAAUAAUAGGAUGUCUCAGGGAACACCAUGGAUAUCACCAACCCUCUUGUCCGAGAGAACAAUACGGAUAUUGAGCAUAGUGACGGUAGUAUGUGGUGGUCUCAGCAUCGUACUUGGUAUAGUAUCUCUUAACAUUGGCGUAGGGACGAGCGUUGGGGCAACGGCGUUACUCGCAGGGCCCUUUCUUCUUGUCGCUGGUUUGUUCGGAAUUGUGUCCAUGCACUCGAAAACACGAUGCGCAGUAUUGACAUUCUUUAUCUUGUCUGUGAUUGCCUGCUGUAUGUGUAUGGUUCUCGCAGUUGCGUGCGCAGUCUUCUUGAGGAAGGAGGUCGACGAUGAUACCACCUCAAAGGGAGCAAAGGUGGCUGUUGAUACUCUUCUCAUAUUGGCCGCCCUGACUGCGUUAGUGACGACACUCUGGGCAUGCGCACUGUGUGCAAUAGCGCUCAAUAUGGUCUGUGGGAAACAGAUGGAUUCCGAUGAGAUGACUGCGAACAAAGGAUUCGACAACCCUGGUAGCACAACCGUUGACAAUGUUGAACAAUCUAAUCCCAAAGGACAGAAAACCGAUGAGAAUAUAUUAGUCACUAGCUGAUAGUGUUUUAAAUGUGUUUGUUAUUACUGAUUACUGAAUCAGUCAAUGAUCUUUCGAAUACUAAGUCUGCUCGUUCGGUGUGUCAAA